CAAUGAACUGGGCUGGACUCUACACGGUGCUGAGUGGGGUGAAUCGCCAUUCCACUGCCAUUGGGCGCAUCUGGCUCUCUGUUAUCUUCAUCUUCCGGAUAAUGGUGUUGGUGGUGGCAGCUGAGAGUGUCUGGGGGGAUGAGAAAUCUGCCUUCACCUGCAACACCCAGCAGCCUGGCUGCAACAGUGUCUGCUAUGACCACUUCUUCCCCAUCUCCCACAUACGUUUGUGGGCCCUGCAGCUCAUCCUCGUCACCACACCGGCCCUCCUUGUGGCCAUGCACGUGGCCUACCAGCAGCACCAGGAGAAGAAGCUGCUGGUGCUGACGGGGCAUGGGGACCCCAAGCACAUGGAGGAGGUGAAGAAGCACAAGAUGCGCAUAUCAGGUUCGCUGUGGUGGACCUACGUCUGCAGUGUGGUGUUCAGGCUGCUCUUCGAGGCUGUGUUCAUGUACAUCUUCUACAUGCUCUACCCGGGCUACCAGAUGGUGCGGCUGGGCAAGUGUGAGGGGUUACCCCGCCCCCACACUAUGGGAGACCGGGUCCACCGGGUGGUGCGGGCCUGUGCCCGCCGAGGCCAGCACAACUCCAACCCCUCAUCAGGGAAGGGCUCCUUCUAUGGGCACAAGCUCUCCUCUGAAUACAAGCAGAAUGAAAUCAACCAGCUGCUGACGGAGCAGGAUGGCUCCCUCAAGGACAUGCUGCGCCGCAACCCCGGGCUGCAGGAGAAGGGAGACCGCUGCUCUGCCUGCUAAUGCCAGUGCUGCAGGGGCCCUAGCCCUUGUCCACACCCCACAGCUGCCCCGUGGCCUCUAUGGUCUCUGUCCCACGGAUAGCAUCCCUCAGGGGCCAGUCUGGACCUCCCGGA